UUAGAACGCACGCUGCAUUUAUACGUUUUCAUUUCUAAACACUUCCAUUAAAAACAAAGGCAAAAAGUGUAUUAGUGCAAUCGUUCUUGUUAAGUAUUUUGUUACUUUGUGUUAUUUAGUGAAAAGACAAGACCUGAUCAGCCGGAGCUCGAACGCACGACCUUGGAGAGAAACCGAAUAAGACUUGUUGCAUACAGCGGUCCAAAUAUCAAUAACAUAUGUUAUCUGUGGUAAGAUUCAUUUGCAUCAGAGAAUCGCUCAGUCGGACCUCGCAUUCGUGGUGUGCGGACGUCUUCUGAAUAUUUAAAGUGAAGUGAAGUGGUGUUUAAACAUGGACGGGCCUUUAGUGACGAGUUAUAGCGACGAUUUUAGUGUUAAAGGCAAGAAUUCAAGAAUGUCUACCCUGCUCUUCUGGCAGGGCAAAGGCAAGGCGAACGGCGCCCCUAAUGGCAGGAACUGGAUACACGCACCAGACGCAUUGGUGAAGGGGCAUGUUGCGUAUUUGGUUAAGUUCCUCGGCUGCACACACGUGGAUCAGCCGAAAGGGAUAGAAGUGGUCAAGGAUGCCAUCAAGAAGCUGCAAUUCACGCAGCAACUGAAGAAGUCGGAAACAAAAGAUGCCGCUAAAUGCAAGAAGGUGGAGAUUACCGUGUCUGUGGAUGGAGUGGCUAUACAGGAGCCAAGAUCGAACAACGUGAUGUAUCAAUUUCCACUUCAUAGAAUCUCCUACUGCGCUGAUGAUAAAGGAGCGAAGAAGUAUUUCUCUUUUAUUGCUAAAGGUGGCAGUACCGUCAACGGUGUAAAUGGACACGAUACAAAUAUGGAGAAACACGAAUGUUUUGUGUUCAUUUCGACUAAAUUAGCUUCGGAAAUCACUUUAACUAUUGGUCAAGCGUUUGAUCUAGCUUAUAGACGCUUUUUGAAUGACAACGGGAAGUAUAUAGAAUUGCAGAAGUUGACGCUCCAAAACAAAAAGCUGGAAUUGCAGAUUACAGCAUAUAAGAACCGAUUACAGGAGCUGUCAAAAAUAACAUACAAGGACGACUUGUCCGCGUACCUCACUCGCAACAAAAUAUCGGACAUAGUCGACUUCAAAACGCCACCGGAGUUGGAGAAGCAGAUCUCGUCUCUGAGUAUUGCGAACGGGUUUGGGUCUAAUGGGAAGGUGACUGAGUUUGGCGCAGAUGCGCUGUCAAACACUUCGACAGAAACCAACAAUUCGAAUGACAACAAUUUGUUGUUGUCGACUCCGCCACCAGUUCACAACAAUAAGACCGGUAUGCUCCUGGGUGACUUGUCUCCAAGCAAGACUCCAUCGGUAGGAACCAAACUGGAGGGUCUCCUCAUGAACUCGGACUCUGAUAGUGAAUUCGAUCCCCGUGCCUACGAAUCCGAGCCUGUGUCGCGAUUCAGUUCAGCCAUAGAGAGUCCAACGCCAAUUCUCGCUCCACCGCCAAAAACGCCGAAACGCCAAAACCAAAACGGGAGUGACCCGUUCGGCUCGACGCCGUUCUCGGUCCCGGCUCAGUCGUUCGCUCCCAAGCCGAAUUAUGACAUUGACUUGAAUCUUCAAACGUCAGUGUUCACGUCGACCAAUCUGACAGGCUACGACCCGUUUGACACGCAGAAGGCAGGCAUUUUCGGUUAUGGCAACAACUUUAAUGGAUUCGCCAAUUUGAGCGAGAAGCGUGAGUUGGACAGAGGAUUUGACGGGUUUCUGGAUAAGACCAUUACGGAAAUGAAGGACGGCUUCAGCAGAGGGAUCAGCUUUGGAAACGACGAUUUUUCAAUAGACAACCUCGAUCCUCUGAAGAAAAAUUAACUACGAAUGACACAAAUUAGUUAUAUUUAAGACAAUAUACAAUAUUUUUAAGCCUAUGUAUUGUAAGAUGUGACUCGGGGGUUAAUGCUAAUCUUUAUGGUAUUCCACAGAUAAUUUAAAAAAAAUAGUUGAUAAAGCAGGGCAUUGAACGGAAUCAAAGUUCUUAAACAUUUAUAUCUUCUUUUGAAAAGGCGGUCUUAUACACACUUACCACGGUUUUUGGAUAUGGUCACGUGAUAAAGUUAAUGUUAUCUGCAUACAAAUUGGUUCAUCGCUUACGCCUGUCGAAUAUCUUUGUCUUCUCAGUAAAGUCAAAUCAAGUCUCAAGGCCAACUCUUAACUAUAAAAAAAGAUUUGUCUUCAAAAUCAUGUCGUAUUAAAAGGGUUUUUUAUCAUAAUAUUUUAUGCAAUUUUAGGAUAUUUUUUUUGCUGAUAGCACAUCGCCAUCUUGUCUUGAUUUUGAGAUGUUUUGGUUCAUACUGAACACAAUUACGAGUGACAUAUUAAAAUACAAUGUUGCCAUGUUUGGUUACAAAUUCUCCGUGAUAAUAGAUUAAAUUGUCUUUGAUCUUUAUUUAUGCACUAUUCAGUGCCUGAGACCACAGUUUGUGUAUCCGAUUUUAUGAAGUAUUAUCUGUAGAACUGUGGUCUUGUAGUUUUAAGAAUGUAUUUUCAUAGGUUAAUUAUGUUUAGGGACCAAAAAGAGUAUAUGGCGUCGGUUGUACCCUUAUUUUCAUAAUUUUUGCUUAAUUGCAAAUUUGAUCAACAAUUUUUGACCAAUAUAGAAGAAGAAGAAAAGAAGUGCUCAAUCUGUCAUUUUGGUUGGCGCCAAACGUUAUGACAAUUGUCAAUGCUGACAUUAAGAACUCGAAAAAAUACGUUUCUGAAAAUACGCUAAUGAAUAAUACAAAAUAUAUAAUUAUACCCUUACAAACAAAUUUUGAAGCAAUAAUAUAAUUUUAAAUUAUUCCGUGAUCUGUCAUUGACAAUUGUCUAAUAUCAUUUACAUAACGUCAAUAUUGGUUUUUUGAAUAAUUAAAACAUAUAAUUGGAGUUUAUGUCCACAAAUGUAUUUUAAACUUGUACGUUUUGGUAAUUUAAAUUAAGCAAUAAUUAUGAGAAUUUGAUGGUGUUCUGAGUGGAUUUUUUAAUAAUAAUUGAACUUUUACUAUAGAUUAUACAAAUCUUUUAACUUUGGUAUUAAAAACUCCACUCUUCCAAAAAUUAUAAAUUAAAGUUCGUCGUAUUCUGUGAUAAUUCUUUCGCAAUUUAAGGUCAAAAUUUUAUUCGUUUCCAGAAUGUGUUAUGGCUCACUUUCCUCUAUCUAUAUAUAUAUAUGAAGUAUGAUUGUUUAAUAUUAUGUAAAAUCAAAUUAAAAUAGAAAUUUCCGUACGAUAUACAUCAAUAGAUUUUGGCAAAAACAUUUUCUAUAGAUUAUGUAUAUGCAAAUAUAGUCUAUAGUAACGUCAAUCUUCUCAAACGGUACGUCAAUAUCCAUUCAAAUAUUUAAAUAAAAUGUUCAUCUACACGACACUGGCGAAGUACCUUGUGCCCAGUUGGCAUAAAUAAAAGUCAUAAACAAGAAAAAAAAUAAAAUGUUAAAUAAUUUUAUAAGCUGUAAAUUCUUUUAAAACGUAAUCUUCUUCCGCAUGUAAAAUUUGAUUGACAUAUGGGGUCAGAGUCUGAAGAUAUGAGCCUAACAUUCUGGAAAUUACAAUAAAUUUAAAAAAAAAAGAUUUGAUAAAUUAAAAAAAUGUAAAUAAAAAUCUUUUAUGUCAUUCCAGACACCAUGACUAAGAGCGAGAUUAUAUUGCCAGUGAAUUAUGAAUUUCUUCAGUUUUUAACAAAAGAAUUACUCUAUCAGAUCAUUAAACAGCAUUUGAAUACUUUAGUAGUUUAAUUAGUAUGCAUAAUAAUAUCUUGAAGUCACCGGACUAAUUUUGGAUUAUUUUAUUAUCAAAAAAACAAUAUAAGGUUAUUCAAAUUAUAAAAAAAAAUUAAGUGACCAUGUUUUAGUAUCAAUGUAUUUUGAAAUAUUAGGAAUAUUAUGAUAUGUUUAACAAUAUCUUGCUCAAACAGUUAUGGUGUUAUUUUUUGUAUAUUAGUGUCUACUGUUGUACGCUUUAGUGAAAUAUAUUAGUUUUGUAAUGACAAAAGAUACAUUGUAUAUUAUGACAACAUAUGUUUGUAA